CUUUGGAGCAUAGCCGUGUCGCAGCUCUGCGCGAAAGGACUGAAAAACCGGCCUUAGCCCCGGACCGUUCUCACUUUCAUUUAGCACUACACUCGAUGGAGGCGCGGGCACGCCAGUGCUUAAUGCAGUCUAACUAGUGUAGGAAAACGACUCAGUUCACCGCUGCCGAGAUGAAGUAUAAGAAUCUUAUGGCAAGAGCCUUAUAUGACAAUGUCCCAGAGUGCGCUGAGGAGCUGGCAUUUCGCAAGGGAGACAUCCUGACUGUCAUAGAGCAGAACACAGGAGGACUCGAAGGAUGGUGGCUCUGUUCCUUACAUGGUCGGCAAGGCAUUGUCCCAGGCAACCGGGUGAAGCUUCUGAUUGGCCCUGUGCAGGAGACCUCCUCCAGUCAGGACCAGCCUACUUCUGGACUGAUACACCAGACCUUUGGCCAACAGAAGCUCUAUCAAGUGCCAAACCCACAGAGUGCUCCUCGAGACACCGUCUACCAAGUGCCACCUUCCUACCAAAAUCAGGGAAUUUACCAAGUACCCACUGGCCAUGGUACCCAAGAACAAGAUGUGUACCAAGUACCACCUUCAGCGCAGAGAGGCAUUGGCGGGGCUAAUGGACCUCACUUAAGUAAAAAGGUGAUAACCCCAGUAAGGACAGGCCACGGCUAUGUGUACGAGUACCCAUCCAGAUAUCAAAAGGACAUCUACGAUAUCCCUCCUUCCCAUACCACUCAAGGGGUGUAUGACAUCCCUCCAUCAUCAGUGAAAGGCCCUGUGUUUUCAGUUCCAGUGGGAGAGAUAAAUCCUCAAGGGGUCUAUGACAUCCCUCCUACCAAAGGGGUAUAUGCCAUUCCACCCUCUGCUUGCCGAGAUGAAGCCGGGCUCAGGGAAAAAGAGUAUGAUUUCCCGCCUCCAAUGAGACAAGCCGGAAGGCCGGACAUCAGGCCUGAGGCUGUGUAUGACAUCCCCCCGACUAGCACCAAGCCUGUGGGGAAGGACCUUCAAAUGAAAUAUAACUGUGAUGCUCCAGGAGCUGCUGAACUGGCAACACGAAGACAUCAAAACAUUUCCCUGAACCACCCAUCCCCACAGCUGGGACCAUCAAUGGGCACUCAGAAUGACGCAUAUGAUAUCCCUCGAGGGGUUCAGUUUCUGGAACCGCCAGCAGAAACCAGUGAGAAAGCAAAUCCUGCAGAGAGAAACGGUGUUUACGACGUCCCUCUGCACAACCCAACAGAUGCUAAAGGCUCUCAGGAUGUGGUAGAUGGGAUCAAUCGAUUGUCUUUCUCCAGUACCGGCAGCACCAGGAGUAACAUGUCCACAUCUUCCACCACCUCAAAGGAUUCUUCACUGUCAGCCUCCCCAUCUCAGGACAAAAGACUCUUACUGGAUCCAGACACAGCCAUUGAGAGACUUCAUCGGCUCCAGCAGACUCUGGAGAUGGGCGUCUCCAGCCUAAUGGCACUGGUCGCCACAGACUGGCGGUGUUACGGAUACAUGGAACGACACAUCAAUGAGAUACGCACCGCGGUAGACAAGGUGGAGCUGUUCCUGAGGGAUUACCUCCAUUUUGCCAAGGGCGCCGUAGCAAAUGCUUCCUGCCUCUCGGAAGUCAUCCUCUACAACAAAAUGAAACGGGAGCUCCAAAGAGUGGAAGACUCCCACCAGAUUCUGAGCCAAACCAGCCAUGAUUUAAAUGAGUGCAGCUGGUCCCUGAAUAUCCUGGCAGUCAAUAAGCCCCAAAACAAGUGUGAUGACCUUGAUCGGUUUGUGAUGGUGGCAAAGACAGUGCCCGAUGAUGUGAAACAGCUCACCACAACCAUCAACACCAAUGCAGAGGCCCUCUUCAGACCACGCCCCGGCAGCUCGCAUGUGAAGAACGGGCCUGAGAGCAUCAUGAACUCCACUGAGUACCCACACGCUGGAUCCCAGAUGCAAUUGCUGCAUCCUGGGGACCACAAGGCCCAGACCCUCAACAAGCCAUUGCCCUCAAGCCUAGGCAAGGACCAGCCCCCUGACUGUAGCAGCAGUGAUGGCUCUGAAAAGAGCUGGAUGGAUGACUAUGACUAUGUCCACCUACAGGGUAAAGAGGAGUUUGAGAGGCAACAGAAAGAGCUGUUGGAAAAAGAAAAUAUCAUCAAACAGAACAAGAUGCAGCUGGAACAUCAUCAGUUAAGUCAGUUCCAGCUGUUGGAACAAGAAAUUACAAAGCCCGUGGAGAACGACAUCUCAAAGUGGAAGCCCUCUCAGAGCCUCCCGACCACAAGCAGCAGCGUGGGUGCUCAGGAUAGGCAGUUGCUUUGCUUCUACUACGACCAGUGUGAGACCCAUUACAUUUCCCUUCUCAACGCCAUUGACGCUCUCUUCAGCUGCGUCAGUUCAGCCCAGCCCCCGCGGAUCUUCGUGGCGCACAGCAAGUUUGUCAUUCUAAGCGCACACAAACUGGUGUUCAUUGGAGAUACGCUGACAAGGCAGGUUGCUGCUCAGGACAUUCGCAACAAAGUGAUGAACUCCAGCAACCAGCUCUGUGAACAGCUCAAGACUAUAGUUAUGGCGACCAAGACGGCCGCCCUCCAUUACCCCAGCACUACCGCCCUACAAGAAAUGGUCCACCAAGUGACAGAUCUGUCCAGGAACGCACAGCUGUUCAAGCGCUCUUUGCUGGAGAUGGCAACGUUCUGAGAAGAAAAGGAAGAAAGGGGGACUAAGUGGAUUACUAAAGAAAACUGGAAAUACUGUCUGGUUUUUGUAAAUACUAUCUAUUUUUGUAGAUAUUUUAUAUGAAAAUGAAAUAUUUUAACACUUUAUGAGUUAGACAACAUUCAGAAGUUCAGGGAGCUAGAGGGGGAUUUUUUUUUUUUUUUUCUGUGUGGUUCUUAUGUACACACAUAAGCAUCUAAGACAAAAUGUACAGAAACUUGUCCACGUGAGUGUGCUUGUGUGUUCAUGUUUGUUUGUAGAUGUUUGUCUGAUACAUUCCAUUAAAAAUCAUGAAUUAAGAAGCACCUUAGUAAGCACUUCCUAAUGCUGCAUUUUUAUUAUUUUUUUUUUUUUUAGACAACAUACCCGACAGUUGUAAUAUUGCUCUACAUAUACUAGCAAUUUAUUCUGAGCCUGUCACUUCCAAGUCUGGGAAGCCUAGUAUAUUUGCAAGUGUUCACCUCCCAAAUAACAAGGCAUGAUAUGACUUGUCCUUGUUUUGAAACCACCUCCACUAUCUUGGGAACAUUAUGGCAAAAUGUCUCACUUCUGAUUGAAAAAGCCCUCUUUGAGAAAAGGUUUCAGAGAGUGUACGUAAAUCCACACACUGAUAUUUUAGGUGCUAGAGAGAGGAGAGACACAUGUUUUUAGAAGUCAUUGCCCCAGUCAGGACUAGGUUGUUUCAACACUGAGAGGACAUCACAAUAAAAGGAGAGCAUGUGUUUCCCUGGGGCUAUUUGAUGUUGUGUAUUUUCGAGUGAUUUGCCAUGAGGUUUUCCAAAUGAUGUUUUUAGAUUUGCUAAAACCAUAUUAUUUGAAGCAGGAAUUCAUAAAGACACAUCAGACUAUAAUCCACAAAAAGAAGCAUGAUUCCAUCUGUCAGUAAGUAGAAGCAUUUCUGACUCUCAGUAUUCACUUAGAAGCUACUGUCUCCAUUACCUGAGAGAAACUGGCCAAUUCCUUGGUCACCUGAACUUUAGAGCCAACAGGCCACAUCCUACUCCAUGAGAAGUUAUUGCUUGAUCUUGCACCCUCCUUAAAACAUGCAUAGGCAAACCUGACACUUAGAGUAGCUGUACAGAUCCCAUCUAAUCUUUACAACUCUGUCUGGCCAACAACCCUGUAUAUUAAGCUCACUAUCAUCUUACUGCUCAUCAUAGCAUCCAUUUCCCAGUCUGUCACCACUCCCCUCCAGGUGUUGGCACAGCACAGACACACCACAAGCCAUCAGAUUCAUCACAGAACAAAUAAAAUACUUCCUACAUGGUGAAAAAAUGUAUUCACAUAUUACCAAGUCAAGAAGCAUGUUAUCUGUGGUCUUUCAGUCCAGUGCUUAUUUAAUGGUUUCAUUCUGCCUAUUUGAAACAUUUUUAUUUGCAAUAUAUACUUUGACUGAAUUAGCUUGUUUGUUUUAAACAACCAAAUCAUUGGAACAGGAAAGGAUUUAAAGAGAAGAAUGUGUGAUCUUAGUAUGAUAAAACAUCAGUGAAACUUAUCAUAGAAGGUGCUUUCCAAAACAACCACUAUCGUCAUUCUCAAAACUACAAUAAAACUCUGCUCUUCCAAAAGAUGAUUAAAAUCUGUAUUGUUAUAUGACAAGUAAACGUGUGGGGAGAAAGGGGCUUGCUAAAAAACAAAAACACUUGAAGAUAUUUAAAAGUGUGUCCUUGUAGAUUUCAUUGUAAGUGUGUAUUUCUUAGGCGAUGACAGACUUGUUCUAAGCUAAGUGGUGACAUUUCAUGUUUUCAAGACCAAAAUGUUCAAUAUGUAUUAUUCUCUUUGGCAUCUUGUAUAUAGAGGCCAUUUUAAAUCAUUAAAUUUUUUAGAUCUGUGUUUUUAUA